AUGCCUAGGCUGACACAUGCUACUCAGAAGGAAAAAGACUUAUUAGCUCAGCGGUUUGAGACAAUCACCGCAUCAUCUUCCCGUUCCUCCUUCCCCUCUUCCUCUCCGGCACUUCCUCAGUUUAGAGAAGCAGCCAAGGAUUCUUGGCCAAGUUGGCUCUCCUCGCUCUCCCGGCACCCGCGUGGCGCGGGCUCGGUGGGCGGCCUCCGUUCUCGCCGGCAUCCGCGCCAGCCGGGCCGGGUCCGAGUUGCUUCGAGACUGACUACGUGGGUGUGGAGACGUGGCCGGCGGUGCCUCCGCUCGCCCGGUGGACCGGAGCUCGGGGACAUAUGUAGGGUGUGUCGAUCAGAAGGAACACCUGAAAAACCUCUUUAUCAUCCUUGUGUAUGUACUGGCAGUAUUAAGUUUAUCCAUCAGGAAUGCUUAGUUCAGUGGCUGAAACAUAGUCGGAAAGAAUACUGUGAAUUAUGCAAGCACAGAUUUGCUUUUACACCAAUUUAUUCUCCAGAUAUGCCUUCACGGCUUCCAAUCCAAGAUAUAUUUGCUGGACUGGUUACAAGCAUUGGCACUGCAAUACGCUACUGGUUUCAUUAUACACUUGUUGCCUUUGCAUGGCUGGGAGUUGUUCCUCUUACAGCAUGCCGCAUCUACAAGUGCUUGUUUACUGGCUCCGUGAGCUCACUACUGACACUGCCACUAGACAUGUUGUCAACGGAAAAUCUGUUGGCGGAUUGUUUGCAGGGUUGUUUUGUGGUAACAUGCACACUGUGUGCAUUCAUCAGUCUGGUGUGGCUGCGAGAGCAGAUAGUCCACGGAGGAGCACCAAUCUGGCUAGAGCAUGCUGCCCCGCCUUUCAUCGCUGCUGGGCACCAUCAAAAUGAGGCUCCAGCAGGAGGAAAUGGUGCAGAAAAUGUGGCUGCUGAUCAGCCUGCUAACCCACCAGCUGAGAAUGCAGUGGUUGGGGAGAACCCAGAAGCGCAGGAUGAUCAGGCAGAAGAGGAGGAGGAAGACAAUGAGGAAGAGGAUGACGCAGGUGUGGAAGAUGCUGCCGAUGCUAACAAUGGAGCCCAAGAUGACAUGAACUGGAAUGCUUUAGAAUGGGACCGAGCUGCAGAGGAGCUUACGUGGGAAAGAAUGCUGGGACUUGAUGGGUCACUGGUUUUUCUGGAACAUGUCUUCUGGGUGGUGUCUUUAAAUACACUGUUCAUUCUUGUUUUUGCAUUUUGCCCUUAUCAUAUUGGUCACUUCUCCCUUGUUGGUUUGGGAUUUGAAGAACAUGUUCAAGCAUCUCACUUUGAAGGCUUAAUCACAACCAUAGUUGGAUAUAUACUCUUAGCAAUAACACUGAUAAUUUGUCAUGGUUUGGCAACGCUUGUGAAAUUUCAUAGAUCUCGUCGCUUGCUAGGAGUCUGCUAUAUUGUUGUUAAGGUCUCUUUGUUAGUGGUGGUAGAAAUUGGAGUGUUUCCUCUCAUUUGUGGCUGGUGGCUGGAUAUCUGUUCCUUGGAAAUGUUUGAUGCUACUUUAAAAGAUCGAGAACUGAGUUUUCAGUCAGCUCCAGGGACUACGAUGUUUCUACAUUGGCUAGUCGGGAUGGUGUAUGUGUUCUACUUUGCCUCCUUCAUUUUGUUACUGAGAGAGGUACUUCGACCUGGUGUUUUGUGGUUUCUAAGGAAUUUGAAUGAUCCAGAUUUUAACCCAGUACAAGAAAUGAUCCACUUACCUAUUUAUAGACAUCUCCGAAGAUUUAUUUUGUCAGUGAUUGUCUUUGGCUCCAUUGUACUCCUGAUGCUUUGGCUUCCUAUACGCAUAAUUAAGAGUCUACUGCCUAAUUUUCUUCCCUACAAUGUCAUGCUCUAUAGUGAUGCUCCAGUGAGUGAACUGUCCCUUGAGCUGCUUCUGCUUCAGGUUGUCUUGCCCGCGUUACUGGAGCAAGGACAUACGAGGCAGUGGCUGAAGGGGCUUGUGCGAGCGUGGACUGUUACUGCUGGAUACUUGCUGGAUCUUCAUUCCUAUUUAUUGGGAGACCAGGAAGAAAAUGAGAACAGUGCAAACCAACAAGUUAACAAUAACCAGCAUGCUCGAAAUAAUGCUAUUCCUGUGGUUGGGGAAGGCCUGCAUGCAGCCCACCAAGCCAUACUCCAGCAGGGCGGUCCCGUUGGCUUUCAGCCUUACCGCCGGCCUUUACAUUUUCCACUCAGGAUAUUUCUGUUGAUUGUCUUCAUGUGCAUAACGUUACUGAUUGCCAGCCUCAUCUGCCUUACUUUACCAGGUAUUCAGAAGUAGCAUCAUGAUAUUACAGGAUGGCAAU